AUGAAUAUUGAUGGUGUUGAAGUUGGCACAAUUUCUCUUCUUGGUAGGGUGUGCAGCAAAGCUGGACAAAUCACUGAUGUUAAAUUUGUACUUGAUGAUGGUACUGGAAUGAUUGAGUGCACUAAAUGGCUUCAAGAACCUGCAGAUUCAAUUCCAAUGGAGAGUAUUUUAAAUGGAAUGCCUGUGACCGACUUCAACGAGAUUGCCCACCAUUUCCUUGAUUGCAUAUAUGUUCAUCUAUAUAAUUUGAUGUUUCGGGCUAGCAAUCCCCAUCAACAACAUGUUCCUAAUUCCACACAAAUCACUCCCACGAGAGGUCAUCAAUUUCAAGCUGUAUCAGCAAAUCAAUUCUUAGGUCAAAAUAAUAAUGAUCAGAAGAGUGUUGAACAAUUGGUGUCAGAUUUCUUGCUUCUUCCCCAAAAUAGGGAAAUAACUGAGGGAACCCCUCAUGAUGUUAUUAGAGAACAUCUUAGAAUUCCCCUAGAUAGACUUAAGCUGGCUAUUGAAAAUCUUACAUAUGAAGGUCAAAUAUAUGAAGGUGUAACUGAUAGAUAUAAGUCAGCUAUCGAUGGUUGA